GUGAGAAGGAAGAGUCGUCUACGAGACAGUUCACGUUUAGGAGAGCCGAGAAAAACAUUGAAAGUUGUGCUUCCGCAAUCGAAAUUCGCGACAGACAGAAAUGACGGCGAGGAUUUCAUCUUGUAUUCUACUCCUGAGUUUCUUUGCGUCCAUAACCGCGGGUCAACGCAUUUCUACCGCGAAAAUCGGCGACAACCGAUACUUCAUCUCUUGGCAGAAUCCCUACGCACCUCGUCUCAACUUCCAUCUAGCUUACCAGUACUGUCGAACGAUUGCUAUGGAGCUUAUUAGUUUGGAAUCAGCCGAAGAAGCCCAACAGCUUGCCGAUUACCUUCGCCCCGGAGCCGCAGCAGCUGAUUUUUGGACGUCGGGAAAUACAUUGGGAACUAGCACUUGGCUAUGGCUGAGUAACGGAUCUCCGUUUAACGGAACUUUUAACUACUGGCCCAACGGAUUAGAACCUAACCGAUCAACCGAUUCCAACUGUCUCCUAGUAACGGACCAGACACAAACUUGGCGAGCUGAAAACUGCGCCCAGAAUAACCAUUUCAUUUGUGAGCAGACACGCUGCUACUUCUACAAUUUCAAUCCAUUUGCCGCAUUAUCUACAUCCCCUCAAGGCAACUCAGCUCGAUAAAGCCGAAAUUUAUCAAGAUUAAAAGAAUUCAUCGAGGUGUUAAGUAUGAAACGGCACAAAUUAUGCAUCAUCAUCGUCGUAUGGCUUUGAAUUAGUUAACAUACGUUUGUUCAUUCCGAAUUUUACCUUUUUGGGCCAUUGGUUUCUUAAAUUAUGUCUCUCUCAACUGGUUGGUUAACUUAAUUGAAUACAUUUUUAAUAUAAUUAAAA